AACAUAGAGAGUUUGAGGGAGAUGGAAAAGAAGCCUUAUUUUGCAGUGUUACUGAGACACAGCAUAUAUGCAGGAAUGUUUCUGCUGUCCAAAGCUGCCUUUGAUGGCGGAAUGAACAACUUUAUCUUUGUUUUCUAUAGGCAAGCCAUAGCCACACUGUUCUUGCUACCCAUCGCUUUGUAUUUUGAAUGGAAAACUGCGCCUCCCCUCUCAUUUGUAACCUUCGCCAAGAUCUUUAUGCUUUCUUUAUUUGGGAUAACGGUAUGUCUUGAUCUCCAGGGAGUUGCUCUUAUUUAUACAUCAGCCAGUUUAGCUGCAGCAACUAUAAAUGCUAUUCCUGUUAUUACGUUUCUUUUCGCCCUUCUAUUCAGGGUGGAGAUGUUGAAGCUAAAGUCAAUAGUAGGAUUAGCAAAGGUGGGAGGAAUAGUGUUUUGUAUGGGCGGUUUGUUGGUUUUGGUGUUCUACAAAGGCCCUCAACUCACAUUCUUUAACAAUCACCACCUUUUUUCUAUACAAAAACAUCAUCAAAAUCCACUUCAUGUUGCUUCAACCCAAACUUGGAUUAAGGGUUGCUUCCUAAUGAUGGCUUCAAAUACCUUGUGGGCUUUAUCACUUGUUCUUCAGGCAUUUGUACUGAAAUGUUAUCCUUCGACACUUCUAUUCACUAGUCUUCAAUGCCUUGUUAGCUCGUUUCAAUCGUUCGUUAUUGCCAUUGCUUUGGAGAGAAACCUUGACGAAUGGAAAUUGUCUUGGAAUCUUAGACUUCUUUCGGUCGCAUAUUGUGGAAUAGUGGCAACUGGGGUUACAUAUUCUCUUCAAACAUGGGUCAUUAAGAAGAAAGGACCAGUUUUUUUAGCCAUGUCAACGCCAAUUAUUCUGGUCAUUACAACUAUUUCUUCUGCCGUUCUUCUUGGCGAGAGUAUCAGCCUUGGAAGGUAACUUAAGUGUUUGAUUUCAUUUGAGAUCUC